UUCAACAUAUAUUUCCAUUUCUCUCUUUUGAUAUUGGAUAUUAACGCCAUUUAAUGAUUUAGUGUAGUGUCCGUAGUAUUGGAGCAUCCUAAUGACCGUAAUUUACGCCGACUGUUUGAAUGUGUUUUUGUGUACAACGCGACGUAUGAGUAAUGUGCUACGAUUGUCCGCAACGUUAACUUUAUGACUGUGUCUGUGAAUCAUAAAAUGUCGCUAUUAUUUAUGCGGCUUAAAUUUUAGUUGCUUUCAGCACACGUACACAAUGAUGGCAUAACGAGCAUCAAAUCGAGGAGAGACUGAAGACCUACAAAUGCUUUUUACACCUGUGUGAGGUAAACAACAAGUAACAACGUCUGGAAUCUCGUUCAGCAGAGCAGCAAAGUCGCAGUCCCACAGAGCACAUGACCGCGACACGAGCGGCAACAAGAACGUGACACAUGGCGAUGUAUUUCUAUGCCAGUAAAAUAUCAGCAAUCGCCUGCGGUUCACGUUGCAAGCAGAGCGUGCUGCAAAAGUCGCGCGGUCAACGCGAUCGUGAUAAAGCCAAGUUCCAGCAUCGUUGCCAUCACAGUAGCUCCUCCGAGAGUGAAGCGAGCCUCGACGAUGCGUGCUGUGAUAUAUCUGCAACUCAACCGGAUUUAAGUGUCAUCUCGAUUGAUGUGGCCAAUCCAAUCUUCCACUCCAAUCUGCCACUUGGUUUUGAGCAGGGCAAUGAGCAGCUGCGACUGCGGCGUCGACACAGCGCCGAGCAAUUAAGUGCACAGGACUUGGAGCAAGGGUUUCAACAGUUUGAGCUUAACAACACGCAUUUAAAAGCCACAGGCGGUAGGGAUGAUCCUAUACAAUAUGAUGUACCCAAAAAUCCGCACAAACGCAGCCAAUGUGAUAUCAAUUUUGAGAGCUCGGUUUUGGGUUCCGGCGGCAUCAUGUACAUAAAUGGUAGAAUAGUUUCUGGACCGCUGGAGUCUUUCACUGAGGUUCUCAUACCCAAGCACGUCAUCGACUUAGAUAAGGAAUUUCUGUUCUCAUUCUUAUUAUGCUCACGUUUAUUUCUACGACCUCAUGAGCUGUUGGGCAAACUGUUGGACUUGGUACCUGAGAGUGGAUGCCUCGAGGCAUUGGUUGCCCUGCUCUCCGAAUGGACGCAAAAGUUCCCUUAUGAUUAUCGUGACGAGCGCAUGAUGAAUCAUGUCAAACAUAUCGUUGUCAGAUGCUCGCAUACUCAUUUAGAAGCCAUAGUCUCGCAAGUACUAAGUGCCUUACUUAACCGUUUGACUGAUUUAGAGAGACAUGAGGGCGAUCUACGUGCCUGCCAGUCCAACAACGACAAGGUGACUGCACCCCUCAACUGUCUGACUGCCACACAAUACGCACAAAUCUUAUGCCGGCUGGAAAAGAAGUUGGCCAAGCACGUUGGACCCGAGGAGUUUUUGCAGUGCAGCAACUUGGUGCUAAUGGAUAAGCAGAAAAAGUGGGACCAGCCUGUCACAGCAACGGGAUCGCAAGGGGCACAGGAUCCGAAAAAGACUUGCAACCUGGAAACAUAUUUGGAUUGGUCGUCACGUCUGCGUCUGUUUGUCUGCAACGAAAUACUGCAGUGCAGCGGAAUUGAGGAACGCAGCCGCACCGUGGAGCUGUGGAGUGGUGUCGCUCAGUAUUGUCUACUGGUAGGCAAUUAUAAUAGUGCUACGGCUAUAUUGGAAUCCUUAGAGUCGCCUGCCAUAGCUAGACUUAAAGUAACAUGGAGCAAAUUGCAAGUGACAUGUCAGCAAUUGGAUUGCAUGCAACGACAUGCCGAGGGCCAUGGCCAUUUAUGGCAAAAGCAGGCAAUCGUCUUAAAUGAGCAGCAGCAGCAGCAAUGUCUAAAGACUGAUAAGCAGCCAUCAUUAUUAUCGAGCUCGAAGGAGACUGAGGAAGAAGCGACAGCAGCAGCAGCAGCAGCAACAACAACGACCUCGUCAAGCAGUGGACAACACAAGUUGGAUGGCGAAAUUUCGUCCAUUUCCGGUAUGAAUACAAUUGCAACACCAAACGAGGACCUGCCGCAAAUAAUGAUGGCUGUGGCAGCUACCAGUGGCAAAGUGCCACCAACGACAAUAACAGAGACAGCAACAGAGACACCAACAGCAACGAAAGCAAGAGCGAGUACGAGAACAAGUUUUGGCAAACCGAAUGAUUGGGUUGUUAUUCCGGUGUUUGCGGAUAUUGUUAAAUUGGCACUCGGCGAACGCGAAAACUGUUUGCAUCGUUUACCCAAUGGCCACAUCGAUAUAAACGCCUUUGAUCGCAUGGCUGCCAUUGUUGGGGCCUUCACCAAGCACAUGCAGGCCAUGAAAUCGACACAGACGCCAUCUGGCGACGAGUAUGAGCACUUCUGUUCUCAUAUGCAGCAAACUACAAAACUUACCGAGGCUGAACUAAUGAUGGCUUCUUUUGAAUGUGAGGAACCAAAUAAUGCCGAGAAACUAAUGUAUGACUUGAAUUAACCACAAUUCGGCUGAAGUUCACUUGAAGGCAAUGGAGAAGCGUUGAUGAAUUCCUCUGUUUGAUAUCAAU